GAGAAUAGAGAGACGGAGAGAACACGAACGAAAGAGAGAGGAGAAGCACUCGGGGGUGGCGUGAGGGGUCUGGGGGAGAGAGAAAACAGUUAAUGAAGUGCGAUAGGGAUAGUGAGUGAGGGAGAGGAACAGAUACACAGACGCACUCAACUCCAGAGAGAGCGAGAGAGAGACUGACAGAGAUAAACCCUGGUAGAGAGGCAGCAAACGGUGUGUGUGUGUGUGUGUGUGUGUGCGCUCAGAACUGUUGGCAGAGAAUCUCAGGACAAAUCCAAGAGGUGAUAUUCUCUCUCUCUUCCCGUGCGGACCUCAGGAAUCUGGGAAUCUCUCCGCUCGCAUUCCCAGCUCGGAGGAAAUGGCUUCACCGACCGUCUGCUAACCGUGAGUCAGACACUCCAGAGGUGAGCAACAAGUGGUUUGAGCAGCGGUGAGUGGACGGACAGACCUGCACCAGGUCGGUGCCCCCGGGGGGCAACCAUGACCUCCGAUGCCAUCCAGCCUACCCUGGGGUCUCAGGGCAAUGCCAGUCUCCUGUGUGACCUGCAGCUGGAGAGAGAAUACGAGUUGGUGCCCUGCAUUAUCUGUGCCAUGUGUGGCAUUUUCGGCAUCAUCUACUGUUUCUUCGGUUACCGCUGCUUCAAGGUGGUGAUGUUCCUGUCGGGUCUGAUGUUCGGCUCCACCGUGGUCUUCCUGCUCUGCUACAAGGAGCGGCUGCUCGAGGCCCAGCUGAGCGUGGCAGCCAGUGCGGGCAUCGGGCUGGCGGUGGGCGUGCUCUGCGGCCUGGUCACCAUGCUGGUCCGGAGCCUGGGCCUCUUCAUGGUGGGUCUGGCCCUGGGCCUGCUGCUGGCGGCGGGGGGCCUGCUGGCCGCCGGGCCCCUGUACCAACCUCGCUCGGUCUGGGUGCCCCUGGGGCUGCUGCUGGGCGCGGGGCUCCUGGGCGCUGUCCUGACCCUCCAGUGGCAGAAGCUCUUCACCGUCCUGUCCACCGCCGUCUUGGGCGCCGCCAUCUUGGUGCUGGCGGCCGACUACCUGCUGCAGGCCUCGCUCCUCGGGCUCUACGUCUACCCGCUGCUCAAGGCCUCGGCCCCGCCACCGCCCGCCUGCUGGCACAGCUGGCUCCUGCUCGGGGCCUGGCCCUCGCUGGCCGCCCUCGGAGUCCUGCUGCAGUGGAAGCUGACGGCGGACGGCUACUCGCACACCGAGGUUAUUAUCAGUAACCGGCAGAAGCGAGUGCAGCUGAUGAGGAUCCGACAGAAAGCAGCAAAGAAGCGCCAACGGACAGCACCACAGGACACGUACCGCAGGAAACCGUACCCCAUCAAGCGCUACACCGGAGAUAUCCUGUCCCCGAGCUAUAUACAGAGUAUCCGGGACCGGCAGACGGGGACGUCGCUGAGCAGCCUCCACAUGGCUCCUCCGGGGGCCACCGAGCUGGACUAUGACUGUGGCUCCACGGUGCCACUCACUGCCACCCCCACCGUCAUCACAGUGUGAGCCCCCCCGAGCCUGGGCUGGACACCACCAGCCGUGACCGACCGACACGCAAACGGGCGCCAGCGAGGGGCAGAGAGAGAGAGAGAGAGACGGAGAGAGAGCGAGAGCGAGCGAGAGCCCUGUGGGGGCUGAAGGCUUCUCGUCGCCCCCCCUCCCACCCAC